AAGCCAAGCGUACGACGGGCCUGUACAGCAACACAUCGUGCCGCCAGCAGUUCAGUGAUGGCUUCCAACGUGGAUUGAGGUGUUUUUGGUUCGCUCCUCCGCCGUUUUCCGUCGAUUGUCGUCGCAGGUUCGAUUUCGUUCGUUCUCUCAUCAUUCUCGGCCCGUCGUGAUUUUGAGUGAGUGAAUGAGAAGAGGAGCGUGAGUGAGUGUGUGUGUGUGCUGAAAGAAGAGAGCACGAUUCGUUGUGUUGGAAAAACAGAGAGCAGGUGAGCAACACUUGGAUUGUGAAGCAGAAAAGUGUUGCGGAAUUUUCUUCCAAGGGAAGUUGUUAUUUCGGAAAAUCAGUGCCCCCGGAUAUUGGAGGAAAAGCUAAAGGAUAACAGUGUGCAGCGUCGCCAUUUGGAAAACAGGAUAGAGAAGAGAGUCCAUCUUUGUCAGCUGACCAUCUUGUGAAUCGGUGAAGACUAGAUUUUCGCAAUAUCGUGAAAUACGGCCUCCAAAAGGCAAUCAAGAGAGUGUUGUUGCAAGGUCGCAGAACUUGAUCUAGUUCCGCGUUUGGAGCUGCAGAAACAACGCCCGGUGGUGAAAUUCAGUGUGAUCCGUAUGGCGCAACAACAUGAUGGUUGCUAGCUGUGAACGUGCUUCAGGAAAGUUCAUGUUCGUCUAGUGUGUGAGAUUUAGUACAAAACCGUGAAGUGGGCUCCAAGAUGGCUCACUAGAAGUGACGCGCGUAGUGUACGGCAGAAUUCAGGUGAAGAACGGAAGAUUUUUAAACACCCCACCCCUCGGUCAAGAUAGCCUCUUCGAAGAAGAAUUCCUCUAGUGUUCGUGCAAAUAUAAAUAGUAGCUAAAAGUGUGAUAUCUCUCUAGUUGGUGCUUCUAAUCUCGCAAACAUCGUACUCACAUCGCAAUGGAUACGAUAAAUUCCCCCGUAACGAUCCCCGCCGGGAUCAACUUUGCGCGCCUGCUGCUGACCAAGCCAGAUGAACCGUCGACAUCUGCGCAGCAGCAGCAGCAGCAAACGCAACACCACCCGCAGCUGAUUCCGGUGACGGUGUCCGCCAACGGUACCGCGACCACCAUUCCCGCGACGGUAACCUUCGUGAACAACUCGAGUUCGGUCGCGCUGGUGGCCGCUGCAGCCGCCGCAGCGGCAGCCGCUUCCAGUUCGUCCGCGGCGUCGAACCUCGCGCUCGCCGGAUCAGCCGCCGCGGCCGCCGUCGGUCCCGCGAACAAAAAGUGUCCGUACCAUCGCCAGUGUUACCGGAAUCAUCACCACCAUCAGCAGCAGCAGCAGCAGCAGGUUGGUGGGCGGCGCAGCACUGCCAACGGGGCCGGUUCUACGGCUCUGUACCCCCAGCGGGAUGCCAUCUCGACGAACGCGGCCCCGCCGCUGAACGCCACCAUCCUGGCCGAGCGCUACCUGCUGCUGGACAUCGUGGAGGGCAGCUCGCUCUUCCGGUGUACCGAUCUGAAGACGCAGGAGGAGUUGGUGUGCAAGAUCGCCAACAACCCGUGCUCGAACCUGCUGACCGCCCACUUCCGGCUGGACGGGCACCCGCACGUUAAUUUCUUGCACAAAGUCAUACAGGGAAACAACCAAACGUAUCUGUUCUUCGCACCGUCGCAGGGCGACCUGCACUCGCACGUCCGCGUCCGGAAGCGCCUCCGCGAGCCGGAAGCCCGCCGGCUGUUCCGCCAGAUGUGCGAGGUGGUCAAGACCUGCCACGAGCAGGGCAUCGUGCUGCGUGAUCUCAAGCUGCGGAAGUUUGUGUUUGCCGACAGUGAAAGAACCCACCUCAAGCUGGAAUCGCUCGAGGACGCCGUCGUGCUGGACGACCCGGCCGAGGACCUGCUGCAGGACAAGCGGGGCUGCCCCGCAUACGUGUCGCCGGAAAUACUGAAAGCGAACACCACCUACUCCGGGAAGGCCGCCGACAUGUGGUCCCUCGGGGUGAUCCUGUACACGAUGCUGGUCGGAAGAUACCCCUUCAACGACUCGGAGCACGCGUCCCUGUUCGCCAAGAUUAGCCGCGGCCAGUUCACCGUGCCGGACUGCCUCUCCUCGAAGGCACGCUGCAUGAUCCGGGCGCUGUUGCGGCGCGAACCCGAGGAGCGGAUAGCCUCGGAGGACGUUCUGUUCCAUCCGUGGCUGCAGCACGACGACACCCGCGAGCAGCCCCAGUACGUGAGCCGGUCCAGUGGGACCGGGUCCGGGUCCGGAUCGGGGUCCGCCAACGCCGACGAUCAGUGCGUCCCGGAGUGGUUCGAUCCGACGGCCGACAGUGACGGCGACCUGCGGAAGCGGGAGCUGCGUUACGAGGAUGGCGAGCUGGUUUAAGGGAUGCUGGGGGAGGAUCUUUCUUUUUUUUCUGGGAAAAAGGUCGUUUCGAUUCGAUUUAUUCGUAAAUCAGCCAGGCAAAUCGAGCGACAUGUCGCGUUUUGUUGCACUUGUUGUCGGAAGGAGCGGAAUCGUUUUCGAAUUACGUUUUCCCAUUAAUUGCACACACACAGACACCGUUUUUUCCGGGCUUUUUUUGUAGGCGUCGCCGUGAAGUAGUCUGUAAGAUCGGUCCACUAGGAGUAAUGAAAUUUUUAUUUAUUAUUUUUUUAGCAAUCGAGCAGGAAAAGCAAGAAAUCCUCGCGCAGGUUGUUCUUCACUCGUUUCACUUGUUUCGUUCUGAAUCAAAACGGCACUCCACUGCGAAGAAUUGUGUGCUGCGCGCGUGAUCUCAGCUGGUUUCGAUUGAUUCUUAUUUUUUCCCCGAUUUUUUUACCAUCGUGUCUUAAAAACAAUUCGCGAAGCAUUCGUGUAUUUUUUUUUGCUUUGAUUUCUUUAACCCCUUGCUUUGAAAAUACAAACGUUUUUGUUAUUUUCGCUGUGAUAACCGUUUUCACACAAGAUCGAAAUAGAGCCAGCUCCGAAUACAUUAAAAACCUUUCUUUGUGCAAUCCUCUAAAAAGCGCAUUAUUACACUUUCUUUUGCCUGCCCCCCACGCCUUUGCAAAUUUCACUAAAUUAUUAACUUAUUUAAGCGCAAGCAACAACCAACUUGUUAUGAGAAUAACAGAACAGACUGAAACUACCAUGUUUUUUAAGUUUAAUAUAAGGUACUUUGUUAAGAAGUUAGAGAGAAAAUAAUCGAGAAAAAAACGCGCUGUACUUUUCAGUUUUAAACGUUCAAAUCCAUGCAAAAAUAAAAAAAAAUGAAAAGGAAAUCGAGGAAGACAAAGCGAUUUGUGAUACGUUCUGAAUUAAUUUGUUAUUCUCUUCUGUCUAAACUUUUAACCUCACCCUCUUUCGAACUCUAUAUUGAAUAAAGCUGCGUUAAUCAAUUGAAAACAAAAACUUUCGUGUAAAUACCGCCAAAAUUAUAACAGAAAAAAGAAGGACAUGUGUGCGAUCUCCGCUCGGUUUUGGCGCUUGGCGCGCCGCACCCGAGCUUGCUUCUUUUGAAUUGAGUUGUGAUUUUUAUAAAGAGAAUUAUUUUUUAAAAAGUUUCUAUUUUCCAGAUUAUUUCUAUUUGCGAGUAUAAAAAAACAAAUUAAGUAAACAAGAGAGAAGGAACCAAUAUAUAGAGACACAAAAAAUCUUCCGUUUGAAAUCCUGAAUUCUUCCUAUUAAUCGUUAGGUAAAAAAAAACAAACACACGCCACCCCCAACCGUGUGGAGUAGGUAGAUUUUAACAGAAAAAUUAAAUAGAUAGAGUAACUUUUUAUUUCGAUUGCCGCGUAAGACAUGUGAGAAGUUUGGAAGAUAAAUGGAAUGAACGCGAAACAGCAGCGGGUGAGUGUAAUGCGUGAAAGCGAUUCAAUAGAUAGUUAGUGAACGGAUAAAAAAACAACACACACAAAUUAAUUUAAUGCAAUAGAUAAUUGUGAAUGUGAGAAUGUAAGAGCGGAGUCAAUAAACCUAAAUCGUUAACCGAA